AUGCCAUACCUGGUCCACACUGCCCAUGCCCAGUUUGUGGCAUUUUGGGUGGGUGUAGUUGGCUGGAUCCUCACCAUAGUAGCCGUCGGACUGGUGGAGUGGAGGGUAUGGGAGGUGUCGGACCUGUCCGUCAUCACCUCUGGCUUGGCCUUUGUGGGCAUUUGGAGGGCGUGCUUCUUCACCCAUGUGCUGCCGAUGUCUGAGAACCAGGUGAUGUACUGCCAGCGGAUGCACCCGUCGGACACUUUCACGCCGAGCGAGAUAGUGGCCGCACAGCCGCUCAUGCUGCUAGCGUUCCUCCUGGGGCUUUUCGCAAAUUCCAGCAUCAUAUACGGCCUCAGGAAUGUCUACUUUGGGCUGGAUAAGCGUAGACCCAUCACACUGGCUUUCUCCUUUGGCGGGGGACUUCUAAUACUCACCGGGGUGAUCUCCUUCAUACCGCUCUUCUGGAAUUUAAACUCUGUGCUGACCAACCAAACCAUAGACUUCCCGCCCAACUUCUAUAUGCCCCCUGCUCCUGUCCAGCAGUCCGUCGGGCCAGGUAUUGCUGUUGGCAUUUUUGCGUCCAUUCUGGAGGUGGUGAGUGGAGUUGUGUUCGUAGCCUAUAGGUUUCCAGAAGGCCUAAGCCCAAGGGUCACGCCCUGCAGGUCAAAGGCAGGCUGCCCUGGGCUGAGGGAGCUAAGGAGAGCACCCUCUCUGAGACCUACACCCACAGGUGGUCAAGGCCAAGCCAGCUUCCACGGCAUUGAUAAUUUGGCCUUCCAGUCACAGGAGAAUGGCUGA